CUUUCCCAUCUCUAAUCUGAACUCGUCGGCUUUCACACUUGUUAAUUCAAGCAUUUCGUCAAACACCUUUAGAGUUAUUAUAUGGAAAUCACUCCUUUCCCAUUCCUUACUGAGGAAGAACUUGCCCAUUUCUAUACCUGUUUCCAGGAGAUGGAUAACAACCUCAAUGGGAACAGCGACUACCCAAACAAGAGGCGGAGAAAGGACGAUGAAUCUGGGUUUGAGGACUUAAAGAAGGCUGAGUGUGGAGGGAUUCUGGCAUCGAUUCUGUUGUUAGACGAGGAGGCGAAGCAAGAGCAGGAUCAAUGGUUUAUUGAAUCGGAGCAGGAGAAGGCAUCCUUAGAAGCCAAUCACAAUCAGAAAGUGCAGGCGAUGAAUGAAUAUUACAAUCAGAUGCAAAACCAUUACACUGAAUUGGAUACCAUGGAUGAUUCGAGAACUAAACGGGCUCGGAAGUCUGCUUCCGCCGUUGCCGGAGCUGUGGCGGGUUCGGAUGGGGCGGAAAAUAACCCGGGGAAUUCGGGUUCCAGUUCGGGCCAACAGAGGCGGUUGUGGGUGAAGGACCGCUCCAAGGACUGGUGGGAUCGGUGUAACCAUCCGGAUUUUCCAGAGGAGGAGUUUCGCCAGUCGUUUCGGAUGAGUAAAGCCACGUUUAACAUGAUCUGUAAAGAGUUGGAGCCGGCGGUGAUGAAGAAAAACACUAUGCUUCGCGACGCGAUCCCCGUUCGCCAAAGGGUUGCUGUCUGCAUCUGGAGGCUGGCCACCGGCGAGCCUCUGAGGCUCGUUUCGAAACGUUUCGGGUUGGGGAUUUCCACCUGUCACAAGCUGGUACUGGAAGUUUGCUCGGCGAUAAGGAGUGUCUUGAUGCCCAAGUUUCUUCAGUGGCCGGACGACAAUAGAUUGAAGGCGAUUAAGGAGGAAUUCGAAGCGACGUCCGGAAUUCCCAACGUCGGUGGCUCAAUGUACACGACCCAUGUUCCAAUCAUUGCCCCCAAGAUCAGCGUGGCGGCGUAUUUCAACAAGAGGCACACGGAGAGGAACCAGAAGACUUCCUAUUCAAUUACCCUCCAAGGCGUUGUCGAUCCAAAGGGGGUUUUCACCGACGUCUGCAUCGGAUGGCCGGGUUCAAUGCCGGACGAUCAAGUCCUGGACAAAUCCGCUCUGUACCAGAGGGCCAAUCGUGGGCUCUUGAGGGAUGUCUGGAUGGUCGGCAAUUCCGGGUACCCGUUAAUGGACUGGGUUCUGGUCCCUUACACCCACCCGAAUCUAACCUGGACCCAACACGCAUUCAACGAGAAGAUCGGCGAAAUUCAAAAAACCGCCAAAGAGGCAUUCACAAAACUGAAAGGGCGUUGGACCUGCUUGCAGAAGAGAACGGAGGUGAAACUCCAGGAGCUCCCGGUGGUGCUCGGAGCUUGCUGCGUCUUGCACAACAUCUGCGAAAUGAAUAACGACGAGAUGGACCCAGAACUGCGAUUCGAGCUUUUCGAUGAUGAAACUAUCCCUGAAAAUAGUCUCCGGUCUAUGAGUUCCAUACAGGCCAGAGAUAACAUUGCUCACAAUCUCCUUCACCACGGUCUCGCCGGUACUGGUUUUCUAUAGUCUUUUACAGAGUUAUUAAAUCUUUGUACCUUUGUAUUCCCCUGUCCUUUCUGUGAUUCUUUCUUGUUUUGAUAGAAUAAUAAAAAGACGAUGAUUUGAUUUUUUUUUUAUGGGUUUUCAACUUUUUCUUGCUAAUGAAUUAAAAGAUUUCUC